UUACGUAAAUGGUAAAUUGUACAGUUAGUUUAUGUUCUAUAUACGUGUUAUAUUCUUUAAUAGUCGAUAAAUUAAGAAACAAAAAUAAUGUUGCGAAAGGAUAAAGCGUCUACGACAGAUGUCCUAGUUCACUUCACUUUAUGGAUUGGGUAUCCAUAUCUCCAUCCUCAAGUGCAGAAAAAAAAAGUCACAGAAUUUAACUGUCAUAAUAGCGAUGCAAGUUGCAACAUGCUUGUUACAAAAGUAUCGCAUGAAGUGCUGCAUUUACCUCCAUCAUCAGAUAGGAAUAAUGUUUAUCCCAAACACCCCCUCGUUCAAUCAGAUUCUCUCUGUUCAUUUUCACACUGCAUGAAAAAAUAAAUCUUAUUAGAUAUACAAUCCAAAGACACAGAGACAAAAAACAAAAAAUAUUAAUCUUCACGCGGGAAUCUUCAUAAACAGCACAUGGCUAUCAGAAAAUGAAGCUUCUUUCCAACUUGAAGCCUUCCAAUUCGUCAAUUUCCCUUCUCUUCUUAUUCUCUAAUCUUCUAUAAAAGGACCAAACCGCAUAGCAUCCAUCGCUGUGGUGGCAUCACAAUUAAGAAGAAUUCAGAUAAUUUUCACUCUUCAACAAUAUCAUGGCUACCAUUUCACUCAGGCACAACCCUGAAGUGAACAACACUAACCAGCAACGUGAAAUCAUCGCCGAAGAGAUUCAAGGACUCAUCAGAGUCCACAGAGAUGGACGUGUAGAGAGGCCACAAAUUGUGCCCAGUGUCUCCUGCACAGAACGUGCCAAAGAUGUUGUUAUCAUCAACAGAGAGACCAACUUGAGGGCACGUGUUUAUGUGCCUUCAACGAGUUCUCACACAACAAAGCCUCUUCCUUUGGUUAUGUACUUCCACGGUGGUGGAUUCUGUGUCGGUUCUGCUGCUUGGAGCUGUUACCAUGAGUUCUUGACCAACCUCGCUUCCAAAGCAAACUGUGUCGUUCUCUCUGUGGAUUAUCGCCUAGCCCCAGAGAACCGUCUUCCUAUUGCAUACGAUGACGGUUUCAACGCUCUCGCGUGGGUGAAAAGAGAAGCACUGAACAUCUCCGCCGCGCAAAAAUGGUGGCUGAGUCACUGCGACAUGUCUUCCGUUUUCCUCGCCGGUGACAGUGCAGGUGCCAACAUAGCUUAUAAUGUGGCCACCCGCAUGGGAUCAUCAUCAUCAUCAUCAAACACCACGACACCGUUGUCUCUCAAGGGUGUCAUACUGAUCCAACCUUUCUUCGGAGGAGAAGAAAGAACUAGCUCCGAGAAGCACUUCCUUCAGCCACCCCACUCAGCGCUCACUUUAUCCGUUUCCGACACUUAUUGGCGCUUGGCGCUUCCUCUUGGAGCCACUCGUGACCACCCAUAUUGCAACCCUCUUGCGUAUGGCACGGUGAAAUUGAGAGAUUUGAGGAUUUCUUCCAUUAUGGUGUGCGUUUCAGAAAUGGAUAUACUGAGAGAUAGGAACUUGGAGUUCGCAAAAGCUUUGGGUAAAGCAGGGAAAAGGGUUGAAACAAUUGUUUUCAAAGGCGUAGGCCAUGCCUUCCAAGUUCUGCAUAAUUACCAGCUUUCACAUUCCCGAACCCAAGAAAUGAUAGCUCAUAUCAGAAACUUUGUUAACCAGUGACUCAUGUGUUUGAUGGUGGCGUUUUCUGUUAAUAUCUGUAGUUUGAGUAUCUAUAGUUUCAAAUUUCAAUCCGUUAUGUACAGAAGAUUUACAUAGAGUUUGAGAAAUAUUUGUAACACUGGAAUAUGAAA